GAUUAUUAAGUUUAUUUUUUUUACAAAUAAAAAGUUGAAUGUAUUAUUGCAAGCAAGAACUGAAAGUAGCUAUGUUGGAAACUGCAGAUAAAAUCAAAUAAAAUAUUAUUUUUUAGAAAAUGGAAAAGUAUUUCCUGCGUUUCGGAGAAUUGGCCGACUGUUUGCAUCUUGUCAGAAAGGGCCGGAGUGGGAGAGUGGGGAGUGAGUAUAGGUGCUAUUCCUCCCUGCGAUUGUAGUCUCUCGCUUAGCGCCAUCACGUCACACGUGCGCUCGUUAGCCGCUUGAAGUGAUUUGCUUUAUGUCUCUCUUGCUUGCAUCGGUCACGGUCGAGUCAUCACUUCAUCAGUAUCUCAUCAUCUUCCGAACGGUGCAGCCACGUUUUGGUGAUGAAGGAACAAAGAGUGAUUGUGUCAGCAGCGCAGUGUCCUGUCAUCACCCUGGCGUCGUGUUUAGACUUCCUUGCAGAGGAAGUCAUCUUAAUCUGCAUGUCCCGUCGAUUCUUCGUCAACCCACCGAGUUAUCGGAUUAUGGAAUUAACGACAUCCUAAUUCCCGAAAUAACAGAGACUACAGGAACACCGACAGAAAGUGCCAGCGAAGAAGACGAAUGUGGUGAUGAUAAAGAUGGAACAGAUGAUGAUAAAAACGGUACAGAUGAUGAUAAAGUCAGUACAGAUGAAAGUUCAUCUGAAAGUGCUGAGGAGGAUAAUCAAUCAAAUCAAAUAUAAUCAGCACGCUAAAGGACUGUAGUCUCGAAACUCGAACUCUUGUCUUUCGAAUGCGCACACACGUGCAAGUGAUGGUAGUAGCGAGAUCUAGCGCCGUUUCAUUAUAUAUUAAUGUACGAUCAAAAAGUGAUAAAUAUUCAUAUAAGCUAUUGUUCUUUACUUAUUUAAUCUAAUAAAUAAGUAUUGUGUCUGUAUUCUUUUUCUGUAAACAGUUAUAAAAUUCUAAAACAUA